GGGGACACUUGAGCUACGAGCUUUGAGUUGGAGCAAACCGUGUUUGACCUCUCGAUAGUAAAGACACAUCAAUAAUAAAUAAAUAAAUUUAAAAAAAAAAAAAAAACAUCAACAAAUAAUAUUAAUAUAUCAAUUUGCAAUUAAAAUUGUUUAUAUUUUUUUUAAAUUAAAUUUAUCAAUGGAUAAUUGAAUACAUAUAUUUUAUUGACUUUUUUUUCUAAACUAUUUGAAGAGCACACUUGUUGAGGCCUUGAUGGAGAAAGUGCGAUAAAAAUUUAUAAACGUCUUUGGCACAGGAAUCAAAUAAGAUACAAAGCAUAAAAGAAAUAUAUAUUUAAAAUAAAAUAAAAAAAAAAUAAAACGGCUAAAAAAAUAAUAAAAUGGUUGAAGCAUUGUUGGAAUCAAGUGGACAAGAAGUUGCAAUUGCUGAUCACGGAUCACGAAUUGAUACACCAAUAGAAUAUACCAAAAAUAUUAUAAAAAUAAAUGAUAUUAAUUUAUCACCAGUACAAAAAUUUUAUGAUAAACAAAGUAUAUUUAUAACUGGUGGUACUGGUUUCCUUGGUAAAUUAUUAAUUGACAAAUUGUUGAGAAGUUGUUCAACUUUGUCUGUAAUUUAUUUACUCGUGAGGCCAAAAAAAGGAAAAGAUACACAUGAAAGAACAGAAACACUAUUCGAUGAUCCGCUUUUUGAUAAACUCAAAGAAAUACAUCCAAAAUUUCGACAUAAAAUUGUGGCAAUUGAGGGUGAUUGUAGUCUUCCAGGUCUUGGAAUAUCAGAAACAGAUAAAAUUAAAUUAAUAAAUAAUGUAUCAAUUGUAUUUCAUUCAGCGGCGACUGUUAGUUUUGAUGAAAAAAUAAAACUAGCUGUUGCAAUUAAUAUUCAGGGACUCAAUGAAAUGAUUGAGCUGUGUAAAAAAAUGACAAAUCUCAAGUCAUUUAUUCAUGUAUCAACGGCGUAUGCAUACUGUACGGAAAUGACGAUAGAAGAAAAAUUUUACAAGUCACCAAUUGAUGCUGAUAAAUUAGUGACAAUAACAAAUUGUCUUGAUGAUAAAAUUGCCGAUGAAAUAACACCAGCAUUGAUGGGAAAAUGGCCAAAUACUUAUGCAUUUACAAAAGCAGUUGCUGAAAAUGUUGUGGAAAAAAAACAUUUCGAUAUUCCAAUUGGAAUAUUUAGACCUGCUAUUGUCAUAUCAACAUAUCAAGAGCCAAUAUCUGGAUGGAUUGACAAUAUGUAUGGACCAACUGGUAUAGCAGCUGGUGCAGGAGCUGGUUUACUUCGUUCCCUCCAUUGUGAUGGAUCAAUUCAUGCAAACGUUGUACCAGGUGAUAUGGCUGUUAAUGCACUAAUUGUAACAGCAUUUGACAUAUCAAAUAAUUACAACAAAAUAAAUAACACCAUACCAAUUUACAAUUAUGUAUCACAAGACAAUCCAAUAACAUAUGAUGACCUAAAAAUAAUGUCUGCAAAGUAUGGAUUAAUGUAUCCAACAAUUAAAGCCAUGUGGUACUACAGUUUUAGAAAUAACAAGUACAGAUUUGUACAUUUAAUUUAUGUAUAUUUAUUGCAUCUACUACCGGCUCUAUUAAUUGAUGGUGUUACAAUUUGCAUUGGUAAAAAACCAAGGCUACUUAAAAUGUAUAAAAAAAUUCAUAAAUUUACAGAUGUUCUUAAUUAUUUUACUAUUAAACAAUGGAAUUUUAAAAAUGACAGAGUUAAUGAGCUUACAAAUUCCCUGGAUGAGAGAGAUAAAAAAAUAUUCUUUUGUGAUAUUAAAAAAUUAUCAUGGGAUGAAUUUUUCAAAACGUAUAUACAAGGUAUACGGAUUUAUCUUAUGAAGGAUCCAAUUGAAACACUACCUGAAGCAAGAAUUAAAUGGCAAAGGAUGUAUUGGAUUCAUCAGAUAUUUAAAUUGAUCUUGGCAUACAUUGGACUUCGAAUACUUUGGGGGAUUUUAAUGACAGCUAUGACGAUUGUUUCUUAGAAAAAUUAAAAUGUUUUUUUUCUAUUUUUUUUUGUUUAAUAUAAAAAAUAGUGUUAAAAAAAAAAUAUAUAAAAAUAAGAUGUUUUUUUUUGUUUUAUAGAUUCAUUUUUUAAUCAGUAAUUAUUAAUAAAAAUAAUAAUUUUUAAUUUUUAUUAUAUUUUAUUUAUAUUUUUUUUUUUUUUUUUUAAUUUGUUUUUUUCUCGUUCAAGUUUACUACUAUUAUUGUAAAAAAAAAAAAAAUGUUAUAUAUAAUUUUUUAAAUGUAUAAAUUAAUUAAGUUGAAAAAAAAAAAAUCUAUAUAAAAAUUAGCUCAAUAGUUUGUUAGUUACAAUAAACAAUGGAAAUUUUCCAGAAAAAAAAAAUGAUGAUUUGUUAAUUUU